AUGGCUGAUAAACUAGGUCUGGCUGUGGGGGAUGAUACUGCGACCAUCAUGGCGCUAUUGGAGCGUGUGGCGGGCAUCAUCGACAAUGUGCAGAUGUGCCAGACGCGUAUGGAGGAGAGGCAGCUCGAGCUGGAGAACAGUGUCAAGACCAUCCAGGAGGACGUGGUGAAGCUGACGGUAAACCAUGCCGCCACCAGCAGCACAGUGGACAAGCUGCUGGAGAAGACGCGCAAGGUCAGCUGCCACAUCAAGGACGUCCGUGUACGGGUAGAGAAUCAGAACAUCCGCGUCAAGAAGGUGGAAACCACCCAGGAGGAACUGUUGGCCAAGAACAAGUUCCGGGUUGUUAUCUACCAGGGGGACAGUGAGGUGUCAGCUGUGGCAGCCGGAAAGGAACCCAAAGAAACCAAGGAUCCCAAAGAACCCAAACCGUCUGUGGCCGAAGUGGAGCCAGACCACUUUGAGCUCCCCCCUGAGUCUGAUGAUGAGUACAUGGUGGUGGAGGAAGCCUCGUCCACGGCCGCUAAGAUAAAGAAAUCAGGCCUAACCCGCAUGGAGAGCUUCAAGUCCACCUUCUCCCGCGUGAACAUGACAAAGACGAAAGAGAACAUGAGCAGCAAGGUUGGCCAGAUGGGUGAGCGCAUCGUAUCAACCGAGCGUCGGCAGAAGAUCCGCCAGUCUGGGGAGAGGCUCAAGCAGUCCGGCUCGCGGCUCAAGGAAUCCAUUGCCAGCCAUGUGCCAGCCAAACUAAAGAAGGAGAGGACUGUGGCGGAGGGCCAGGAGGGGGCUGUGGGGGUCACCGAGGACGCCACACCCGUCCCGCCACCCAAGGGCAACAAAUCCAUCAGCCCUAAGCUCGCUGAGGAUGGCGUAGAGGAGGAGGUGCCGAUGCAUGAUAUUAAACAGCUCUCCUAA